AUGCCGUGGAAGUUAUCCACAGAAACGUCUCCGGAGGCAAAGAAUCGGCCGCCAUUGACUUCGCAGCAAUCCAAUUCCCUGCCCUCCACACCAUACCAACAUGCGCGAAAAAUCUCUUUCCACUCCAGGUCACCUUCGCCCCCGCAAGGAAACACCUCCCCUCGCUCCACCCACUCCGAGUCUACCCAUCUUCCCCCCUCGCUGCGAAAACAGUUCUCGGGCUGCAAAUAUGAAACCGCCAUGGCUUUCUUCCGUCGAAGAAUGCCGUAUUCAUUAGGUGCCGACCUGCUGCCGGAGGAAAAGGAUGGCCUCAAGGAGCGGUUGGAGCCGGAGGAGGAGAAGAGACUCAGCGCAGAUAUGUUGGAGGUAUACGAUCAACUCCUGCCGUCAGCUGAAAGCGACGACCGGCGACGUCAAUUAGUCCGCAAGUUGGAGAAGCUCUUCAAUGAUCAGUGGCCAGGCUGCAAUAUCAAGGUUCACGUUUUCGGCUCGUCGGGGAAUAAGCUCUGUUCAAGUGACUCAGACGUGGACAUCUGUAUAACUACCACUUAUAAGGAGCUUGAGCACGUAUGCCUCUUGGCAGAGGUACUAGCCAAGCAUGGUAUGGAACGGGUCGUUUGCGUAUCGCACGCCAAAGUACCUAUCGUGAAGAUCUGGGAUCCGGAGCUGCGAUUAGCAUGCGACAUGAACGUCAAUAAUACUAUGGCACUGGAGAAUACCCGGAUGGUCCGGACGUAUGUGGAACUUGACGAACGCGUGCGACCCUUGGCUAUGAUAAUCAAGCAUUGGACGAAACGGAGGAUCCUCAACGAUGCCGGCCUUGGAGGCACACUAAGCUCCUACACGUGGAUUUGCCUGAUAAUCAAUUUCUUACAAACGCGAGACCCCCCCGUUUUGCCGAGCCUUCAAGCUCGGCCGCAUAAGAAGAAAUUGACCGCGGACGGGAUAGUCUGUUCUUUUGAUGAUGACCUCGAUUCCCUUGUUGGCUAUGGGCGGAAAAACAAGCAGAGUCUCGGAGAGCUACUCUUCCAGUUUUUCAAAUACUAUGGUCAUGAACUCGAUUACGAGCGGCAUGUGAUAUCUGUCCGUGAGGGGAAGCUCUUGUCGAAGGAGGCGAAAGGCUGGCACUUGCUACAAAACAACCGUUUAUGUGUGGAAGAGCCUUUCAACACUUCACGGAAUUUGGGAAACACAGCGGACGACACAUCGUUUCGAGGGGUCCAUAUGGAGCUGCGCCGGGCAUUCCAGGCCGUUUCCGAAGGGAACCUGGAGCACUGCUGCGAACAAUACGAAUAUCCCCCGGAGGAAGAACGCUCGUGGGAGAGACCGCCGCCCCAACCGCGUCCUGUGCUCACUGCAGCACCGCCACCGUCCCGCGGAGGUCGCGGAGGUCGUGGCGGACGACAUUCGAAUCAGUUCUCCCGAGGAGGGCACUCCGGUGGUCGUAGGGCUUCCAACACACCGAAUAAGUCCGGUAACUUUCGUCAACCCAACGGUAUGACCGCCUCUGAGCUUUCUUUGCAAGCGCAGCACGCACAGUACCUCUUGCAUGACCAUCUCUAUCAGCAAAUACAGAUCCUUCAGGCCCAAGAGCAAGAACUGCGGCUGCAGCUGCAGAACCAGGCGCUCCUCACUGGGAGGCCGCCGCCGGUUCUCAUUCGCCAACCGUUUAUUCAGUUCCCAAUGCCUCAGCAACAAGAAUCUUCAGGCGACGACAACUCUCGAUCAAGGUCGGGCACUGUGAACCAUCCGCCUCUCAGCACACCGCACCGCCAGAACGUGUAUUACAACAGUCACUACCUCCCUGUGGGAGUUCCUGGCGUGCAGGGGAGCAACACAAAUCCGCCGUCGCCUUCAGCCACUGCUGCCAUGCCGGACCUUCGGCGUAGUCCGCGUCGAUCAUCUGUUGCCAACGGAUCUCCGGGUGGGUCACUCCGAGCACACUCACAGCCGGCUCGAACAGUCAAUUCCCUUCCGAGCUUUGCGCCACUGUAUUCGAUAUCUCAGAUGGCGGACAGCUCGCCGGGGUCGAAGGCGCGCAAUGCUCCCGGCUCACCCGACGGUACACAGGGCGAUGAGAACAACACCUUUAUGCCGAGCAGCCUUCCCAACGUGUCUCGUUCUACCUAUUUUGAUGAAUGCCGGCCGAAUGAGUAUAUGGGAUAUUACCUUGCAACUUCCCCGCAGCUACAGACGUAUCAUCAAAACGCUUUACUAUCGCCGCUAUCUCCGGUAGGACUGGCACUGCAGAACGGCGGCGUCGUGCCAUUUGUUACGAACCCUCAGGAUUAUAUGACGUCAAUUCCGGCAAGUGAAGCGACCGGUCAAGCCUCAGAUAACAGCUCUGCAUUGCCAACGAAACCAGGGUCGACGUCGCAGCGUGCAACUUCGCGACCAGCUGCAUCUGGUGAUCGGAGCGGACCUUUGAUCGUGGACGGCUCGGUACCCCCUAGUGAACAGCGUCUCUCGGUAUCGGCGGAAAGCUAUGAUCCGUACACGGCUAUGAGCCACUGUACGUCGAAUUCAGAUGACCUGAAUAUGGAUACGCCAGCGAGCGUCUCAGACUCUGUGUCUCAUGAAUACCAGGACAAUAGCUCGGUCGAGAUUGAUCAGCCGCCCUACUUUGGUCGUCAGGGGGUUGACAUUUACCAAACAGGGAAAGCAGCUGAUUCCUUUGUUAAUGGACACGGUGCAAAGCAGAGUCUGCUCUCGAGCCGGUUGCAAAGCCUUCAUCUCGCAAACUCCGAAAAGACCUCCGAACCUCAGCUGAAGCAUAGUACCGAGAAGAUGAAAGUGCCGCAAUCGAAUCACGAAGCAGCGGAUAGAGACAAUCAUCGCUCGAAACAGGUAAAUUCAGGUGAAAAGCCACUAACCACAGGGCCAUCGCCAGCGGCGGACUCGCACUUUUCUUCCAGUGGGAAACGGCGGCCUAAUGGCGUCGAUGCUUCUGAACGGGCCAACGGGGUUUCACACAAAACGAAAUCGAAGAAUCACAAUCCGCCUUCCGGACCAACCGAUAACGAGAAACGUCAUCCCAUUGCUCAAUCGCGAAAGUCCAACGGGGUCAGUUCGACACCGGACUCCGCUGUCGCUCAUGCCGGUGGUGGUUGGCAGACGACCAAAAGGAAGCCGAAGAAGAAUGCCAGACAUUCAACAGAACACAGGCAUGGCUUGCAUAGUGGUGCGGAGCCCCUCCCAGCAGAUGAGUCAUUGAGAAAGGGGGGUUGA